CCCUGGAGUCAGCCACAGGGCCCGCCCAGGGACUUCGAAAGCAGCCCCGCGGGAGACUCGGCCCAAUGGGCGUGCGCGGCCGCCAGUGAAUGGGACGCGCCCCCUCCCUGCUAAUCCGGCUGGAUCCUGUUGCAGCACCGCUGGCGCUGCUGGGAUGGGGGAAGGGCGGGCGAGCGAGCUCCCACCACUGCGCAGCGAGACGAAGAUUCACGCACAGGCAGCAGCCGCUCGCGGGGAGCAGCAGAGACCUCAGCUGGACCAGCGAGUUGUUGGUCGGAACCACCGCGCGUCAUGCCGCGGAGAAAGGUGAACGCGGCCGAAGCGGAGGCGCGGGAGGAGCCCAAGAGGCGGUCUGCGCGCCUGUCAGCUAAACCUACCCCCGCCAAAGCCGAGCCCAAACCAAAGAAGGCGGCGGCGGCAGCAGCCGCAGCAAAGGAUAAAUCUGAGGACAGGAAAGCUCAAUCAAAGGGGAAAAAAGGACCAAAAGGAAAACAGAUUGAGGGGACUAAUCAAGAAGAAACAAAAGACAACUUGCCUGCAGAAAAUGGAGAAAUUAACAGUGUGGAGGUUCCAGGGUCUGAUGCAGCGAGAGAGAAAGAAGCCAAGUCUCAGUAAUAUCUCUACCAAGCCUUUUAUCAGUGGUCCCAGUACCUACCUUCCUUGUACAAUUCAGAGGAAUAUUUUUAUCAACUAUUUUGUAAAUGCAAGUUUUUUAGUAGUUCUAGAAAACACACUUUUUUAAAAAGGAGGGAGUCCUACCACAUCCCUUUUUUUUAAUUAACAUAAUUAGAUAAGUGUAAAUGCUUUUCUUUUUAAAGAUGUAAAAUCAUAUACUGGUUGUCUGUUUUCUGUGUAGCCAGAAAUUAAUGGAAUGUUAGAUUAGGGAGAGGCUUUGAACUUCUGAUUACACUUAACAUUCCAUAGGCUGUGAGGGACAGUUUUUAUAUCCUGUUAAGUGAGGCAUGACACGGAUCAAACUUUGAAAAUGUCUUAACAUUUUACUCAUCUAUAUCCACUGUAUCUAUAGAGUUACUUCUGUAAUGAAACUUCUCCUUGGUGUUGGAUCUCCCUUUCAGAAUUGUGUAUUAUCUGUGACUGUUAUUUUUAGUAGUGGUAGUGUUAUUUUUGUCAAUAACUUUGUAACUGUGCUGUGAAAGAUUGGAAGCCUUUAUUGUAUGUGGUGAGUGUGAUGUUACUGAGCACUGGUCUACACUACAGACUUAGGUCAGUAUAACUAUGUUGCUCAAGGGUUUGGAAAAUCCACCUUCCUAAGCGACGUAGUUAUACCAAACGAACUCCCAAUGUAGACAGAGCUAUGUCAAUGGAAGGGCUUCUCCCAUCAACAUAGCUACUGCUGCUCGGGGAGGCGGAGAAGAGAAGCUCUCCUGUCGACAUAGGUAGCAUCUUCUCUAAGUGUUACAGCAGCACAACUCCAGCUGUGCUCCUGCAGUGCUGCAAGUAUAGGCAAGACCUAAAUAGGUGGAACUUUCUGUAUAACAGAUCUAACUUCACAUGACCGUAUUCAAGAUACUGGUACAUCAUGUCCAAUUUUAAAGGGCAGUUUGUCAACACAGGUUAAGAUGAAAAAUCACUGGAAUAAUGGUUUAAGAGUAAAAAUAUACAAGAAUAAAAAAUUAUACAAAUUGUUCAUGGUGUGUCUAUGUACUGAACACCAAACAAGAGCCAAUAAAAUCUUGGUUAUAAAAGGACA